ACUGCGACCAAACCCGUACUUCGCUAGGCUUUUCCCGUUACAAAGUUUAUUUUAAACCCGGUGGAAAAGAGUUGUGUAUAUUUUUAUAUGUUGCAAAUGUGCCAAUUGAAUGUCUACGUUUAGUUUUUGUUGAAUGUUUGCUCUGAAAAGCGGCUUGUGAAAUACGCAGUGGGUGCUUUCGCGGUGUCAGAAUGUGUUCUAGAGGAGUUUAUAUACCGGAUGAUCAGAAGGAGUUGUCGGUAAACGCGCCCAGUUUCUUGAGAGUGAAUUCUUUCGUUGAUGACGAGAGGGCAGGUAUAGGGAACGAGAGUCCGUCUUUCAGCGGAAAUGCAGCGUUUACUGGAGGUCAGCAGGAACUGCCCAAUGAGAUAUCAGCUCCGUAUGAAGUGCCUCAAUUCCCCAUCGAACAGAUCGAGAAAAAAUUGGCGAUACAAAGGCAAAUAAACACUAAAGUUUUGGAAGAGAGAAAAAGUCACUAUGAACCGUCAGUUCCCGGGGUAACAGCUUCAAUAGAUGACUUAGAUGACCAUGACUUGUACGUGCCACAUUUUCAGAGGGUGUCGAUAUCCGGAGAAGACACCAGUGGGGUCCCUCUGGAAGAUUUGGAAAGAGCAUCAAAGUUACUAAUAAAAGCAUUAGAAAUAAGGAAACAGUAUAUGAAAGUGUCGUUUCAAAGCUUCUCAUCUACUGCAGCCCGAUUUUUGGAUCCCAAUAAAGAACAACAACACCACGACGAGAGACAGUCAAUAGAAGAUAAAGAUUAUGCUGAGCUCCUGUCCAGAACUGCCCGAUCUUCAUUUGAUGAUUUUAAUGUGUAUUCGCUGACAGAAGACGACAUCCAAAAAUUGUUAACUAACGGUAUCAAAGAUCACGGUAUCCAUCCGCCGGAACACAAACCCUGGGAAGCACCUGUAGUUCCUGAUACGGAUCACGUGUUCAAAAACAACAACGGCGUCUAUAAUGUCUACGUGAAUGAGCAACAUUUGAAGGAUGGCAAACCUUGUGACUAUGAGUACCCUGACGUUGUCAAGUUCACAACGGACUUUUAUGAAAUGUGCAACAUGAUUGCAGAUGGUCCACUAAAAUCAUUUUGUUACCGCCGUCUGAGUUACCUAUCAUCGAAAUUCCAACUUCAUGUGCUACUGAACGAAUUGCGAGAGCUAGCGUCCCAGAAGGCUGUACCUCACAGAGAUUUCUAUAACAUCCGCAAAGUGGACACUCAUAUACACGCCGCGUCCUGCAUGAAUCAAAAACACCUGCUGCGAUUUAUCAAGAAAACCUUGAAAAACAACGCCGAUGAGGUGGUGACAGUCACGAACGGAGUUCCUAUGACCUUGAAAGAAGUGUUCCAAGAUUUUGAUGACUUAGAUGAAAGACCAAAAGACAGCAUAUCAAUGAAUCUGACAACGUACGAUUUGACGGUGGACAUGUUGGACGUUCACGCAGAUAGAAAUACGUUCCAUCGUUUCGAUAAGUUCAACGCAAAGUACAAUCCGAUUGGCGAGAGCAGACUGAGAGAGGUGUUUCUGAAAACGGACAACUAUUGCAAUGGAAAGUACUUUGCUAAUAUUAUCAAGGAAGUUGCUAGCGAUUUGGAGGAGUCCAAGUACCAGAACGCAGAGCUUAGGUUGAGCAUUUAUGGCAAAAGCAGGGACGAAUGGGAUAAACUAGCAAAAUGGGCUCUCCAGUCCAAUGUAUAUUCUGAUAACGUCCGCUGGUUGGUUCAGAUUCCAAGAUUAUUCGAUAUCUUCAAGUUAAACAAAGUCCUCGACAACUUCCAGGAAGUGAUAGACAACAUAUUCCUUCCACUGUUUGAAGUCACAGCCAAACCUUCAACACACCCCGACCUCUACAAGUUCCUCCAAUACGUGAUAGGUUUCGACUCUGUCGACGACGAAAGCAAACCUGAAAGAAACCCCUUAUUCGACAAAGACACACCUACUCCAGAACAAUGGAACGAUACUGAGAACCCCAACUAUGCGUAUUAUCAGUAUUACAUUUACGCCAACCUUGCUGUUUUGAAUCACUUUAGGAACGAGAAAGGGUUGAAUCCUUUCGUAUUGAGACCACAUUGUGGUGAAGCUGGCCCUGUACAGCACUUGGUGUGUGGAUAUAUGCUGUCUGAGAACAUCUCUCACGGGUUGUUGUUGAGGAAAGUGCCUGUAUUGCAGUACCUUUACUAUUUGGCUCAAAUAGGUAUCGCCAUGAGUCCUCUGUCAAACAACAGCUUGUUUUUGAACUACCAUAGAAACCCGCUUCCAGAGUACCUAGCUAGAGGUCUGGUAGUAUCUCUCUCAACAGAUGACCCCCUACAGUUCCACUUCACCAAAGAACCGCUUAUGGAGGAGUAUUCAAUUGCAGCUCAAGUAUGGAAACUGUCUAGUUGUGAUAUGUGUGAACUUGCAAGGAACAGCGUCCUAAUGUCAGGAUUCCCGCACAAGACCAAGCAGUAUUGGUUGGGACCCAACUAUACCAAAGAAGGCGUAGCUGGUAACGAUAUAGCAAGGACCAACGUUCCUGAUAUCAGAGUAGCGUUCAGGUACGAGACGUUGAUAGACGAGCUGUCAAAUAUCUUCAAGAACCACUCGUUGAUGAUGCAGCACAACGAGUGACGUGGAAAGAUGUAAAAGAUAGUUACGUUAAGAAUUAAACUCUGACUCAGUAAUAAUUGUUUUGUUUGGAAGACGGUGCUGUAUGUUGAGCAGUUAAAAGUGUCACAAGGCGGAUCUACUGUUAAACUCGUUAAACGAUUCAUCACGGCACAAAGGACGGCUUUUUAACAUUAACAAUUUGUCCUUCAGAAUUGUUACUUUUUCAAAAAAUAGACUCAAAUCAAAGUUAAUUCAUGGAAAGGUUUGGUUGAAAAUUCGGGGAAAAAUCUCCCAACGUGACAAGUUUCCUGAUAUUUUAUAUCAUAUUGAAUGAGACAAGGUAGCUUUAUAUAAUAAUAAUUUUAUUCUAGUUCUGUUGGCUUUGUUUUUCUAUGAUUUUAAUCCUACUUUUCGAGUUAUCAUAAAAACAUUACCGAAGCUUUUCCAUGAAAAAGUUUGUUAAGGUUUUAAAACUUUGCGGUUAGCUUCACGUCAAAAUAAAAAAAAAUAAGCAACCUGUCAUGAUUGUCAGUAAUCAGUUCUGUUAAAUAACGACGGUUCACUUUACUGGUCAUGAGAGCUCUUGUCGUUCCAACCAUCUCUAUUUGGCAUCACUGUCAAACAUAACGGAAAUGUUAACGGUUGGUUAUUUCUGUUGCUCUAAAGACUCUCUAAUGACAAAGCUUCCUUAUUUUACUGGUUUAUUCAAGAAAUGCAGGGGUCUACCAAUUUUACACAGCAUAUUCCGCAUGACGGGUCGAAUUUAUAAUUAAUAACUAGAGGUAAGUACGGAUGCCUCACGUUGACAUUUCACAACCCAAGUCAAGUGACAUGGCAAAUACGACCUUCUCGUAAUAAGAAAUAAUAAAUAUUAUAACGAAGUAUCAAAAUAACAGCACUAAAAUCUCUAAUAACUACGCAUUCGUCGUUAGAGUUAGAUGACUUUUGACAGACGCUGGUGGACAAGCAAACACAGUGUUGCCAGAUUUUAAACAUGAUUUUACGUCAAGGGUUGUUCACGAAAAUUUUGUACAGUUUGUAUUAUUCUCCUGAAUGGAUCUUUUUUGACUUACGCACUGUAAGAACUAACGACUAGUUCAGAUGACUAAAAAAAAUUAACAGUUUUUCCAAUUUUGAUGACACUUUUGACUUACUCGAUAGUUUGAAGAUGUAUGCAUUAUCAUAUCUGUUUGCUAGUAACUGUGGUAUAACCAAACAGUCAGACGUUUAACCUCCACCUUCUAUUUUUUUUUGUCGACUAUCAAUGUGAUUAACAGAAGCCUUAAGUAAGCUAGACAACAUUGACACUUGUUGAGUCUUUCCGAAAUUUUAUAUAUUUUUAUAGUCGUUUUUUAUACGUUUCUAGGUUUUUUUUUCUCAAAUUUGGUUGUUUUUUUUAUGAGAGUGAUGAAAGCGUAUUAUAAUAUAGGUGAUCAAUGUAUUUGUAUGUUACAUUAAUAUAUUCUAUUUAUAUCUGUUAAUAUAUAUAAUAUCAAUUUUCAUUUUUGUGUUCAAAGAUAACUUUUCAACGAUGUAGAUGAAUUAAUACAAUAAAUUAG